CAAAUGGUGUUUCUGUCACGUGAUACUCUUUUAGUAGUUGUUCCUGCUGAACCAGCAACCUAAGAUUCUGUCACGAAACCUGUGGAUGGUCGGAAUCUGAAAGAAAAUGAAGAACCUCAGAUAUUGUUUCAGUUGGGCAUUUGUGAUUAUCUUCAUUCAUGUAAAUGUACUUGUCACUCCAUAUCUCACUCGUGCAGAAGGGUUUGAUUCUGUGAUCCAGCACCCACGUUCCAGGUGGAGAAGAGCACGAACUAGAUCGAAAUGGGUUCUUUAUGUCGGUGAUUAUGGUGCUAAAGGGGAUGGUCUUCACAAUGACACUGAGGCCUUCCUGGAAGCUUGGGGAAUCGCAUGUUCUCUCGCUGGAUUUAUAAAUCUUGUUUUUCCAUCUGGGGAAACUUUUCUUAUCUAUCCAGUGGACAUUGGUGGACCUUGUCGAUCUAAGAUUAUUUUGACGGUAAGCUCACAGAGUCAAAUCUCUCACAUGUUGACAAAUUCUGCUGGCAAGCUCACGGUUCUGCUCGGGGUUUCUUGUAUCCUCCUACUUGUUUCUCAAUCAGUGAUGAUUUCAUUAGACAAAAUAUCUUCGUAG